AAAUACUUCUGUUAAAAAUAACUCUUUUUUUGUCUUAAUUUGGUUUUCAUUUUGUCGGGGAUUUUUAAGCAGCGUGACAAUAUGCCAACGUUAUUUGGUCACAUGACUCGGUGGUGUUGCGUCAUCAGUACGCACAUGCUGGCUACCGUUAGCUACCGUUAGCAUGUAGCUAGUGUCUGUUUCAGAAGCACUAGUUGAAAUGGUUCGGCUCGCUAGAGUUUGCUUUCGGAAAUAUGGGAACUUCGUGGAUAAUCUGCGUCUGUAUGUCCGCGGAGGCAGCGGUGGCAUGGGUCUACCCCGCCUUGGAGGUCAGGGAGGAGACGGGGGGAGCGUCUGGGUGGUGGCCUCAGAGAACAUGACCUUAAGGAAGCUGAAGGACAAGUAUCCUCACAAGCGCUUCAUAGCAGGACCAGGUGGCAACAGCAGUGUUCGGUCUCUGAAGGGAGAAAAGGGGGUGGACUGUGAUGUUCUUGCUCCAGUUGGCAUCACUGUCACCACUGAUGAUGAAAGGAUACUUGGUCACUUGAAUGUUGAGGGCGACCGGGUGAUGGUGGUGCGAGGAGGCCGAGGAGGAAGCUUCUACACGUCCUUCCAGCCCAGCAGGGGGCAGGCCAAGCACAUCAGACUGGACCUCAAACUCAUCGCUGACGUGGGACUUGUAGGGUUCCCAAAUGCGGGGAAGUCAUCUCUUCUCAAGGGUUUGUCAAAUGCGACACCAGAAAUCGCCAGCUACGCUUUCACAACGUUGAAGCCACAGAUCGGCAAAGUCAUGUACCAAGACCACAAGCAGAUCUCCGUCGCCGACCUCCCGGGUCUCAUCGAAGGGGCGCACCUGAACAGAGGAAUGGGCCACAAGUUCCUGAAGCACGUGGAGAGAACCAAACACCUGAUGUUUGUGGUGGAUGUCAGUGGUUUCCAGCUGGCCACUAAGACCCCCUUCAGGUCUGCGUUUGAGGCUGUGCAGCUUCUGACCAAGGAGCUGGAGCUGUACAAGGAGGAGCUUCUGACCAAACCUGCUCUGCUGGUGGUCAACAAGAUGGAUCUGCCGGGGGCUGAGGACAAGCUGGCUGAGCUGACAAAGCAACUUCACAAUCCAGAUGAGUUCUGUCAUUUGUUACCUGAAGACAUGAUUCCGAAGAACUUCUUGGCCUUUAAGGAGGUGGUUCCGGUGUCAGCUCUGACGGGGUUCGGUGUGGAUCAGCUGAAACACAUCAUGAGGUCAGCACUUGAUGAGCAGGCGGACAUGGAGGCCCAGGAGCUUCAUGAAGAGAGACUGAAGCAGCUGAGGGAGAAGUCGCGGUCGACGUGACAACAAUCUGGAUGAUGACGGAUUGAUGUCAUGUGCUUGGACAUUCAUGGCACUGGACAGCAAACAUGUUCUGGGGUUCUGUCUUUCUGAUGAAGUGACAGGAUUUAUGGACGUGAAGCUCUGAAAACCUGCUCUUUAUAGCCUCAUGGAGAAGAUUCCGAUGGUUUCGUCAGUGUUGCAGCUGUUGUGAGCCAGAGAAGCUGGUCCUGAACCGACACUAGUGUGAAUGGUCACCAGCUGUGUUGGCAGAAAGGAUGGAUCCAAAGAUGCUGCUGCAGCUGUAUUAAAAAAUAACAUCUAUUAUCUUUCUAAUUUGGUCCGACACUUACUGAUAUUGUCAAGCUUCUGUACUACACUUAAAAAAAUAAAGAAAUAUGUACAUUUGUUUUUGAAAAAAGUGGACAAUAACAAAGAACUUUUGUAUGAAUAUUUGCCUUAUUCAGCAGAAUAUUUCAAACAUUUCUAGGAACACAUAUGUGUGUACCUUGCAUUGCUAUACUGUUGACAGACCCUGCAAGUUUAGCCUCAGUUUGAGGAUUAAAACUUAUAAUCGGGUUUCAGUUUGGUUCAGAGUCCUGGUUAAUGUUAGCCAUUUGUUUUGGAUGGUUAGGUUGAGGGUGAGAGGAAAGCGUCAAUGAGCGGUCCCCACAAAUAUAGGAGUGCAAAGAGGUGUGUGCCUGUGUAUUGCAAGCUAAAAUGCACCAGCAGAUGAAUAUAAUGCUACCAAACCUGAAGCUGAGAGAUUAAAAACAUAAAUGGAUUUUGGCUUUUCGUGGCCACUAUUUUUCU